AUGGAACUGGGUCUGACAAAUGACAGGUCCCUCUUCUUCCCCAUCUGGUCUCAGCCACUCCGUCAUGCAGAGUUGUGCUUCCUGGAUCGGGUCCGUUUUUGGAACCUGGAAGAGGGGAGGCAGUACAGACUCACCUGCUACAUCUCUUGGAGCCCCUGCCCUGACUGUGCCCAGAAACUGGUGGAAUUCCUGGGCCAGAAUAGCCACGUGAGCCUGUGCAUCUUCGCUGCUCGCAUCUACACCAUUGUCAGUGGAUAUAAGGAUGGGCUUUGCCAGCUGCGGGAUGCUGGGGCCCAACUCACCAUCAUGACCCUCAAUGACCUGCAGCACUGCUGGGAAAACUUGGUGGACAACCAGGGCGAGCCUUUCGAGCCUUGUCCUACCCUGGUAGAACACAUUGAAACCAAAUCUCAGGAGCUGAAGGACAUUCUCAGG